ACUGGGAGGGAUGAGGCGACAAAUUUUUAGCUUAAAUACCAUGUCUUUGGUCUCCGUAAUCACCAGUUCAUUUCUGCACACAGUCAAGCAAUACAUUGACCAAGCAAAAACAAAAACUACUAAAAUGGCCGCUAAGAUCAUCAUCCUCGCCGCUUGCGUGGCUACCGCUCUCGCCCAAUACUCUGCCCCCGCUUACAAGCCAGCGUACUCAGCGCCCGCUUACUCCGCACCAAAGGCUUACGCCCCAGAGCCCGCAUACGCCCCAGCCCCAUACAGCUUCGAAUACAGCGUAAACGACCCACACACCUACGACGUCAAGAGCCAAUCUGAAUACGCCGACGGCAACGGUUACGUCAAGGGAUCUUACAGCCUUUUGGAAGCCGAUGGUUCCACCCGCACCGUCGAAUACACCGCUGACGACUACAACGGUUUCAACGCCGUCGUCAAGAACUCCGCCCCAGCUGCCUACAAGCCAGCUUACUCCGCACCAGCUUACUCCGCACCAGCCUACGCUGCCCCAGCUUACCCAGCACCAGCAUACGCUGCACCAGCUUACUCUGCACCGGCCUACAAGCCAGCAUACAAACCAGCAUACUAAUAAUUUAUUUUGUCAUGUAAACCAAAUCUCUUCUUUACCUUUUUUGAUUUCAUGCCAUUGUCAUGAAAUUUUCAUUAUUCACCACAUAUUUAUGUCAUCGUUGUAUUUAUUUUAUAAAUAAAUAAUGAAAUAAAAUAAAUAAA